UUUCCGGGGCGGUCGGAGGAGUGGAACUCUGAUGGGUCGUAGCCGUAGCCGUUCCCCGCGGAGGGAGCGUAGGCGGUCCCGAUCCACAUCCCGGGAUCGAGAAAGAAGGCGCCGAGAAAGGUCCAGGUCCCGGGAGAGGGAUCGCAGAAGGAGCCGCUCAAGAUCCCCACACCGAAGACGCUCCAGGUCUCCGAGGCGACAUAGAUCCACAUCUCCUUCCCCUUCUCGAGUGAAAGAAAGAAGAGAUGAGGAGAAGAAAGAAACUAAAGAAACAAAGAGCAAAGAACGUCAGAUUACUGAAGAAGAUUUGGAGGGUAAAACAGAGGAAGAAAUAGAAAUGAUGAAAUUAAUGGGAUUUGCCUCCUUUGACUCCACAAAAGGGAAGAAGGUGGAUGGCUCUGUAAAUGCCUAUGCCAUAAAUGUGUCUCAGAAGAGGAAGUACAGGCAGUACAUGAAUCGAAAAGGCGGAUUCAACAGACCUCUGGAUUUUAUUGCAUGAGACUUGAGGUGUAGGAGGAUUUCCUCCCCCUUCAUCUGGGUCAAAGAGUAUUUUAUAUUUUGUAUUUAAUACGCCUCAAAACAGGAUCUUGGUUCUUCCUUCUUAUAAAGUAAGAAAAGUCUUAUUUAUGACACCCAGUGUACUUACUUUCAUCAGGAGGUAGGUGACACUUUUUAAGGCGGUGUCCUUGUGGUGAUUGCAGCCCGUUUGUCUUGUUCCUUUGAACCUGUGUGUGCUUUCUUCUUGGAUGCCUGUUCUUAAAAACUGAAAGUUUCUCCAAUAAAACAGUAUUUCUACCCAUUUUA